AUGAGAGAACUCGAGAUUUUGAAGAGAUUGCAACACCCUAAUAUCUUGAAGUUCAUGGGUACUACUCGGAGCUUUGGCCCCCCUGUGGCUCUGGUUGCUCCGUGGAUAUUCAACGGCACUUUGACGUCAUUCCUCUACAAGAAAAACGAGACCCUUACGCUGCAUGACUGUCUGCUUUUGGUGAGAACCUUAAGGAAUUUCCUGGAUUGCGCCCUCGAGCUCAUCAACAAUGUCCUGAUCGGUAGUGAUAGAACUGCAUAUCUUGCAGACUUUGGCCUUUCCGAAACGUUGACAAGAUCUCCCAGCAUGACAUACCUCGCGAAGAUGAGCCGUCGUCCAGGAGCAGCGAGGUGGGCGGCUCCUGAAUGGCUUUCUGUGGAAGAAUCAGCCUCUGAAAUCAGCACCCAGAGCGACAUAUAUUGCUUUGGCAGCAUCAUGCUUCAAGUGCUGACGGGAAAUGUGCCUUGGCUCCGCUUGAAUAAUGAAUUUGUAAUAUGGUUGAAAGUGGUUGAAGGGGAGAUGCAUCCUCGUCCAGAUGAUUGUGUCACCGACCAGCAAUGGAAUUUUAUGACCCGUUGCUGGUCUAAGACACCCAUCGAACGGUCUUCCGCCCAAGAAGCACUUCAAUUUGUUGAUAGCGAGCUUGCUUUAUACGAUUGA